GAUCAUCAAAGAAGAAAUAAAGCCAAAUCGUGCUCACUACUUCGUCUACACCGGUACCCUCAGAAGACCUCAACGGAUUAAGUAUGAGUUGGGCUGGUUUAAGACCCUCAUGUGGAUGGACGGCGUCGUGGCGUUGGCGCACACUGUGGAGAAUGACCGACCGUGGAGUUCCGGCCGAAUGAUGCCGCCCACCUUCUGGUUUGACCUGCAACUGCCCGCCGUGUACAGGAGCAAUAUGAGAACAGCGCACAGCGGCAUCGCAGCGUUUUCCAAAGAGGACGUUAAUGGCACUGCGUUCUACGUAUCGCUGUCUCUGGCAGCCAGGUGCUACGUUCCUGACGAGAAAUACGCCUUCCGGGCAGAGAUGGUGGAUAGCGCAGAGCCGCUGCUCGUCCCCAUCAUGGACUACUGCAAGGACAAGGAGUACCAUUUCGGUUUCCAGGACAAAGACCCCGUCGGUGGCUACUACGUCAGCCAGACUAAGGAAAGGUUCAUCACUUUUGACGACUCGAGGUCCCUUGGAAUGAAGUUUUGUAGGGGGAAGAAGAACCUGACUGACCUGAGGUAUGGUUUGCUUGCUUUCAACACCGAGCUGGACGACCCCAACAACGAGUGCGGCAAAGGUUCCUACCAGCGGCUCAAGUUCCUCAGGAAACUGGUGGACUUCUUCUACAACAAUUUCACCACACCCAGUGCGUGGGAGAUGUGCGUCAAGCUGACCUGAUUAAGGUCUCACUGGCCGCAGAAGACCCGAGGUCUUUCCAGUUCAAGAAAAGAGUAAAUGAAGCAAGUCUAAGACAGCGCUGUCUCAGCCAUUUGACGUUUAUCUUUUUCACAGCUAAGCUGUUAGCCUCUAGUUGG